CGCCCGCCCCGCGCUGCCCCCGCCCGGGACGCGCCGCCGCACCGACACCCUCCCCGCUCCCGGCACCGAGCAGCUCCCGGCGGCGUGCGGGGAAACGCCCCCCGGCCCCGCGCACCGAGACUUCUGUCCCUGAGCGUUUGACACUGUGUACCAAAGAAAUGGUGAUGGAGAAGCCAAGUCCCCUGCUCGUAGGGCGGGAGUUCGUCAGACAGUACUACACCCUGCUGAACAAAGCUCCUGACUUCCUGCACAGGUUUUAUGGCAGGAAUUCUUCUUAUGUCCAUGGAGGACUGGAUGCCAGCGGGAAGCCACAAGAGGCAGUGUAUGGUCAAGCUGAGAUACACAAGAAGGUGAUGUCCCUGCAGUUCAGCGAGUGCCACACCAAGAUCCGUCACGUGGACGCUCACGCCACUCUGAGCGACGGCGUGGUCGUGCAGGUCAUGGGGGAGCUGUCAAACAAUGGGCAGCCCAUGAGGAAGUUCAUGCAGACUUUUGUGCUUGCUCCAGAAGGAUCUGUUCCAAACAAGUUCUAUGUCCAUAAUGAUAUCUUCAGAUAUGAAGAUGAAGUAUUUGGGGAUUCAGAAGGAGAACUUGACGAAGAGUCUGAGGAAGAGGUGGAAGAAGAGCAGGAGGAAAGACAACCAUCACCUGAACCUGUGCAAGAGAAUGCAAGCAGUACUUACUAUGAAAACCAUCCUGUAACCAAUGGGAUAGAGGAGGCACUGGAAGAAUCAUCUCAUGAACCUGAGCCAGAAUUGGAAUCUGAAACAAAAACCGAGGAGCUGAAAGCUGAAGUAGAAGAAAAGACCCUCGAGGAGCUAGAAGAGAAGUCUCCGUCUCCACCUCCUGUAGAACCUGUUUCACUACCACAAGAACCACCAAAGGCUUUCUCUUGGGCUUCAGUGACCAGUAAAAACCUGCCUCCUAGUGGUACUGUUUCUUCCUCUGGAAUUCCACCCCAUGUUAAAGCACCAGUCUCACAGCCAAGAGUGGAAACUAAACCUGAAGCUCAGUCUCAACCUCCUCGUGUUCGUGAACAGCGUCCCAGGGAAAGACCAGGUUUUCCACCCCGAGGACCUCGACCAGGGAGAGGGGACAUGGAACAGAACGAGUCGGAUAAUCGUCGGAUAAUCCGCUAUCCGGACAGCCACCAGCUCUUUGUGGGGAACUUGCCGCAUGAUAUCGAUGAGAGUGAACUGAAAGAGUUCUUCAUGAGCUUUGGAAAUGUGGUAGAACUUCGCAUAAAUACUAAAGGAGUGGGAGGAAAACUGCCUAAUUUUGGUUUCGUGGUAUUUGAUGAUUCUGAGCCGGUCCAGCGAAUUUUAGUUGCGAAACCCAUUAUGUUCCGGGGCGAGGUGCGCCUGAACGUGGAAGAGAAAAAAACCAGAGCUGCUCGGGAGCGAGAGACCCGCGGCGGGGGCGACGACCGCAGGGAUCUCCGCCGCAAUGAGAGAGGCCCCGGCGGGCCCCGUGGAAUCGUGGGGGGCGGCAUGAUGAGAGACCGGGACGGAAGAGGACCUCCCCCCAGGGGGGGCAUGGCACAGAAACUCGGCUCUGGACGAGGAACCGGGCAGAUGGAAGGCCGUUUCACUGGACAGCGCCGCUGAAGUCUCCACUGGGGGCAGACAGUCUUGUCAGUGGUACAUUAUCCAUCGUGUUUGCAUUCUUGUUAAUUUUUUUUGGCUUUGGAAUGUGACACAGCCCUUCUGAUCAUUUCUUUGAUGUGAAAGCAUCCUUUGGUUUCCAGUUUGAAUUGAGGUGGACGUUCUUUCCCCAGUUUCACAACAGGAGUCACACCGUUAAUUUAUAAAUGUAGACUUGGAGAAUUGAGGACUGAAAAAAAGAAAAGAAAAAAAAAGAAAAGAGAAAAAGACCGGUUAACUAUCUGCAACAAAAGUGAACUAAAGGACACGCCCAGUAGCUUUCAGGUCCUUCCAAUCAAAAACCUUCUGCUGCACAUUUUGUGUAAGUGUUGCCGUUUCUGCCUACUCCUGUUGGAAACACAAAUAGUGCAAUUUGUGCAAUUGGAGAAGCUUGCCUUUUUUUUUUCCUUCUUAGAACACUCGGCUCCAAACCAACUCGUGUUUACGCACUCAUCAAAAUGCACUAAUGGGUCCUCUGAACUCAUUCAUACUGACAGCUGCGGGAGGCAUCGGAGGGAAAGCCUUCAUCCUCUUACUCAGACAGAAUAGCUUGGGGAACGGUGCGGGCGUCCGCUCUGCUUGCUGUGACCAACCUCUGAACACACACAAACCUUAACAAGACUACACCCUUGUUCCAGAAGGAAUCCAUUUAGCUGUAAACUAAACAGAACCCAGAGUUUCCAAGUCGUAGCCCUGAGUACGCAACAAGUUUGAUAGCUCACGUCAGAUUUUUCUAUCUGCCCCUCUUCAGUGCAGGGAUGGCUGCUCAACACACUCCUCCUUCCCCUUUCCCCUUCGAGAAGCGUUGUACAGUGAAACUUGUCUUGACUGUAUUUGAGUUCUCUGGUAAUGUAAUAAGCAUGAUGGUGCCUUCUAUGAAUACAUCAUUCCAGUCUUGCUGGUGAUUUUGUACAGUAUAGUGUAUGAAUUACUGUGCUGCAAAGCCAAGUGGCUGCAAAGCAUUUAAAGGAAAUAAUUGGAAAAUUGUAUUAAAAAAAAAAUUGCAGUAUCUUUCAAUGAGUAAACGUUGCUAAAAUGAUCAUCCACCUUGCUCUUCAAUUAACAAGUUCGCCUGUGUUUUUGCAGAGGGGGGAAGGGAGGAAGAAGGCAUCCAAGUAGACUCCAGGUUGUCUCUUCUCUUUAAUCAGUAUCAGAGUUAAAGGAAGCAGAGUUGCAAUCUCUCUUGGACAUGAAUUGCAGAAGUCAGUCCAGAACGGUGGACGCUUCUGGCCAGCUCCUAGUGGGUAGACCUGAGCAUCCUUUGUGAAGAUGAGCUUCUAAAACGGGGAUACUGCAAUUUUCAGAGAACUAAACAGCAGCUCUUAAGUUCUUGCAUUUUCCAGUUGCACUUUUUUAAAAACUCGUACUCAUGUUGCACAUAACUCUCAGCUGAAGUUGGCACUGAUGUGGCUCUGGAGCGAAGGAUAGCAAGGAGACCUCCUCUUCUGCAGUUUGACCGGUGGGUUUUCCAGCAGAGAGCUGUGUUCCUGGCUGAUGUGGAGCGCAUUCCUGUAACCUGCAGCUGGAGCAGACAGUUCAGCUGGGCUCUGCCAGGGCACGCGGCCGGCGCCAGCUCCAAGGUGUCAGGAGCAAAGGGGGGGUGCGUCUGUGCGAAAGUGUGACCACUUGAAGCUGCUGCUGAGCACGGGAGACCUCAAAUACAAAACUGGCAAUUUCAAGCAAAAGCAGAGAGGGCAUGCUAGCAAUCUGUCUCUGGAUUAUGCAAUCAUUUGCUGGUUUCCAGUAAGCUGGAGGAUUUUGCACAUAUUUUCUGUUACGCUAGGCAAGGUGGAGUGGCAUCUGUCUGUUCUCUGCCAGACUUGAGGUCUUCUGUGUUCCAUGGUAAGUCUUGCACUAUUUUCAUACGCUUUUUUUCCCGGGAUGCAUUUACCAGUUUGCAUUUUCAUAUUUCAGUUUUUUUGUUGAAGGUCUCACAAUUUCAGCUGUUACCUGGAAAUCUGUAGUACUUGAACUGCUGGCCACACAACUCCACUCCUUAGGUUUGAAGCCCUCGGACAAAUUGCUGUUACCAGUUAGCAAUUUGCCACCAGUGUGGUUUGUGUAGCCUAGAGGUUAUUUUUCCUUCUAUAGUGCUGUGGUGUUUUGCUGCCACCUGAUUCACUCGUACGGCAAAUGGCACUGGAAAUAAUCAAGAACAAAAAGCGAGUAGUAAAAAGAGCCACUGAGCCAUUCUGCUUUUUGGCUUGCUUCUUGUUUAAAUGACACGAACCCUUGGAACAUCAUCCAGAGAAGUUUACAUGGUGAUAGCUCACCUGCUGUACUGUGGACUCUUAUGUGUUCUCGACCCUCUCAAUAGUAAAUGUAUCUCUUAGAGCAAAGGAAGGGAUUCACUGACCAUUACUGUUAGUUGCUGAUUUGUGAAUGGUGGGAGUAUUUUGUCAUUACGGUUCCAUUUCAACAAACUUGGCUGACCAUCUUGGCUUUAGUAGGUAUUCAAGACAGUGGAUUACCAUCUUUAUUGCUGUAACGUGUCAAGCAUUAUAUGCUAGUAGAUUCUAGUUUAAUUGUUGCAGGUGGAAAGUAUUUUUAAGUUUCCAUUCUGAAUGUGUUUUGACUAAACAUACCAAUAAACUACUGAUGUCUGCAGCAUUUA